CACAACUCCCGGGAGGAGGCAGGCUUUAGGACCCUGAGGGGAGCUGACACGUAAGAGAUCUUCGGGCGCAGUCGCCACAGGAAGAGGAUCUCCUCGGUCCCGCGGCUGUCGGAGGAGGGUUUGCUGCCGAUUCGUGUCUCUUCUUGCACGCUGCACGCGCGUUUCCUGCGUGCAUUUGCAGAAUCCGCGAGACCUCCAGGAAGUGGGGGACCCCAGUAGAUCCCAGUCUCCUCUGCUGCUUACAAGGCGGAGGAAUCGUGCGGGGCGGAUUUUAGAAACCCAACUUUGCUCGGAGAGCCGAUCCGAUCCUGGGGGGGAAUAUGAGAUCUUUUCAUCUCCCAGAUGGAGCGAACAAGCAAGAUGAUUCCUGUGGUCCGCAGCUUGCGAUAAAGGAGUCUGGCGCCUCCCUGAAUGUAAACGGGGGGAUGGUGUAAGGAAGACGCCGACCAGGCUGGAUCAAGUGGGAAUCCGGUAGGCGGAAGGUGGCUCGAGAUCUGCUGAGAUCUGGAUGGUUUGCAGUAGAUCGGCAAGGGCUUCCUGCGCUCGGUCGUCCCAUCAGCAGUGAAGAAAUGAUGUUCUCCACCUAAACAUAAAUUCCUGAAAUGGAGGGGGAAAAUAUCCCUAAUCAGGAAUAGACUUCCGCGUGAAAUUCAGCUCCGGCUCAAUUCAUUUCUGGCCCUGGAAAUAAAUUAUUGCUGCUCAGAAACACAAGGUAACUGCACCGGCGCCCUUAAGUGGUUUUGGAUUAUAGCUCACAUCCUCCCUGACCUUUGGCAGUGCAGACUGGGGCUUCUGGGAGUCGUAGUUUGAAGUAUUAAGAAAUCACCACACAGGAUGUCCCUGCCCUAGAGCAAGGUUUCCCAAACUUGGGUCUGCUGCUGUUUCUGGACUACAGUUCCCAUCAUCCCUGACCCCUGGGUCCUGCCAGCUAAGGAUGAUGGGGGUUGUAGUCCAAAAAAAUAGAAACCCGCAUUUGGGAAAACCGCACCCUGGAGGUAUGCCUUUUGCAUCUGGCCCUGGUUGGAAAAUCUUGGUCUUCUAGGUAAAAAUAAAUAGGAUAUCAGACAAACCUGAAGACUGCCUGCCUCUGAUUUAGCCAUGCACUGUGUGCAGCUCCACCCAAUGGCGAGUCUCCCAAGUCAGGAAAGGAAAACCUGUGGCUCUCCUGGCACUGUGGGACUCCAGGUCCCAUCAGCCACAGGCAAUGUAGCUAGUGACCAGGGAUGGUGGGCGAUGUUGCCCCCAGCUAUCCACCCGCCCCAUCCCUGCCAUAGGCAGGUCCUAAGCCAGGCACCCCAAAAUUCGGCCCUCCAAAAGUUUUGGGACUACAAUUCCCAUCAUCCCUGACCACUGGUCCCGUUAGCUAGGGAUGAUGGGAGUUGUAGUCCCAAAACAUCUGGAGGGCCGAGUUCGGGUAUGCCUGUCCUAAGCCUUCUCAGGCUAGCUAUCUGAAAUCCUGAGGUUCCUGGGAUUAAACCUAAGACUACCUCCACCACAGAGCAAUGGCCACCUUCCCCAAUCCCAACCCAACCCUGCGCAUGUUUCCUUUGGAGCAAGUGCCAGUGAGUUCAGCAAGACUCACUUCCUAGGAAGCUUGUUUAAGGGUCACUAUUUUAAGUCGGCAGCGGCCUGCACAAUUUCCUGGAAGUGGGUCCAACACAGACAUCUUCUGCACUAUACCAUUAAACCAGCGUCAUGCCAAUUUAAAGGCCAUUGCUUCCCACCAAAGAAUGCUGGGAACUGGGAACAGUGUUAUUUAACCCCAGGGAACUCUGGUAGCUCUGCGAGUGGAAUAGGGAGCUCCUACUUGCCUCACUAGGCCAAUGGCCCAUCCAGACCAGUACAGUGGUACCUCAGGUUACAUACGCUGCAGGUUACAUACGCUUCAGGUUACCGACUCCGCUAACCCAGAAAUAUUACCUUGGGUUAAGAACUUUGCUUCAGGAUGAGAACAGAAAUCGCGCGGCGGCGGCAGCACGGUGGCAGCGGGAGGCCCCAUUAGCUAAAGUGGUGCUUCAGGUUAAGAACGGACCUCUGGAACGAAUUAAGUUCUUAACCUGAGGUACCACUGUAUCCUGUUCGCCCUGUGGCCUGUGGGGAGGUUUGCCAGCAGGACAUGAGCACAACGGUACUCUGCCCCGCUGCAGUUCCCAGCGAGUGGUAGUCAGAGACAUAUAACGACCCUCAGCACCUUUAACGAACUACAUUUCCCAGAAUUAUUUGGGGGAAGCCAUGACAUUUUUUUGAGCAGAAUGAUACUGCUUCCAAUGUACAGUACGGAUGGGGAUGUGGUGUUGCUGUGGGGGUCUGGUGGGCAUUAAAAUGGCGGAUAAGCCACAAUGCCUGGCACUGUUCAGAGUGCUGGGUAGAUCAGCUCUCAUGCCCAGGUUUGUCAGGCAUUGCCCCUGCUCAGUAUUGUCAUACAAGUAUAUGAGUGUCUCCAGCCUCUUGACGAUUUUGGCUGCGUUUUUCUGGAGCUUUUCCAGCUCUGCCAGGAAACCAAGCUGUAAUUCCUGCAUUAGAAUGGUAGAGUUGGAAAGAGACCACACGGGUUAUCUAGUCCAGCCCCCUGCAAUGCAGGAUUCUUUUGCUCGAACCCAUGACCCUGAGAUUAAGAGUCUGAUGCUCCACCAACUGGAUGAUGUUUGAGGUCCCUUCCAACUCUGAUCGUACAAAAAUCUCCUUCAGAAUCUACUCUGCUCUGCACAUGCUUGGAUGAUUAUAAUCUUUGGAGCUUCUCAUCUUGCCACAGUAGGAGCGGCAGGCCUUGUUGGAAUCUGCCAGCCCCUGGUGGUUGCCUUUGUUCUGGCUUCUCUUUCCUGAUUAGGUUUUCCUUUCUUAAAGCCUAAGGUGAGGUUGAGGAUGGAGAGAGAAGAAGAAACAUCGAACUUAGACCCCCAGGACCCUAAGACAGAGGAGAUGCCAAGGAAUAGCAGCUCAGGUAAGGACUCAGACAGAAAAACAAAACAGAAGAGUAUUUCAGUGGAAACCGUGUGAGUCAAAAGUUUGAUUUCAUCAUGUAAAAGGUGGAUGUGUUGCUGGCCUUAGGGUCCCUUUUGUCUGGUGCGCCUAAGAGGCUGCCUUCUCAAGUCGAACAGAAUCCCUUCCGAAGUCCAUUUGACUUCCAAAACGUUCGAAAACCAAGGUGCGGCUUCUGAUUGGCUGCAGGAAGCUCCUGCAGCCAGUCAGAAGCCCCAUCGGACGUUUGGGUUCCAAAGAACAUUCACAAACUGGAGCAAUCUCGUCCGGGUUUGCGGCAUUUGGGAGCCAAAACGUUUGACUCACAAGGCGUUCGUCAACCAAGGUACGACUGUAUAUCUAAACUGGGUAUCCUCUGGCCCACAGUAAGUUGCUCAUUUCACAAAGUAGGAGAAUAAGCUAGCAUUUUUGUCUAUAUUUGUAACUCUUGCAAAGCUAUUGAGAGACUUAACAGAUGCAUGCUUAGGUACAUGUUCAUAGAAUUAAAAGACGGUAGAGUUUUUUGGUUUUUUAGUUCAUUAGAUUUGCGAAUGCGGGUUUGUGACCAGGAAGAGCCUUCAGGGGCUGCUGAGAAGGGUGUGGAUGCGAAACUGAUAAACAAGGCAGCUUCCACUUCUUUCUCAGGCUUCCAAGGACAUUCCAGUCGGGCCCUAGCUUGUGCAAGCUCCUGCAGUGCAAACUCUGGGAUGUUUUCAGCUUUUGAGACAUUAAACCAACAUGUCACAGUCAGCUUUUACUCUCAACGGCUGGCAAAACACAAAAGAAUUCCAGCUACAAGCAGGAAAUCUCUCUUUUUAAAAACUUCUAUCCUAUUCAAUGUAAAAAAAACAACAACAACAAAAUCCUGGACCUACAGAAGUAGCCUGGCCUUUUCCAUGACUGCAAGUUUCAAACGUGGAAAUUCUCCUUGUACAGGAGGAAGCAUUCGAAUAUUUGGUCUCACGGCCUCCACAGGCCAGCCCCACUUCUUCCUUUAAAUAUAUGCAGCAGGUGUUGGUCACCUCAAUGCCCCUUGUGCCCACAUGCUUUCCCCCCCAGGACUCGCAGCAACAGAAUAAGCUGAACCGAAACAAACAGGUAUUUGCCUAAUGAAUAAUAGGAACCUGAACAAAUUAUAAUUUUUGGCAAAUUCUAUGUGCCCUUUCCUUUGCAGCAAUAACAAAAUUGUUUUGCAUUGUUUUAUUUUUAUUUUAUUUUUUUUAAAAGAAGCCUUGCGGAAUCCAAAAAAAGGCCAAAUCCUAAUCGGCAAACAUUCAGACCCAACACUAGUUGUCCGGGGAAACUCAGGGUAGAUAGAUGGGACUUUAACUGUUGGUGAAAGCACCCCAAAGUAAGAACUUAAGAAUAGCCUGCUGGAUCAGGCCAGUGGCCCAUGUAGUCCAUCAUCCUGUUCUCACAGUGGCCAGCCAGAUGCCUGUGGCAAACCCGCAAGCAGGAUCCAAGCACAAGAGCCCUUUUCCCUCCUGUGGUUCCUAGCAAUUGGCCUUGCUCCCGUCGCUCAGCCCGGACACUGAGGUCCAGCUCCAAGGGCCUUCUGGCAGUUCCCUCACUGCGAGAAGUGUGGUUACAGGGAACCAGGCAGAGGGCCUUCUCGGUGGUGGCACCCGCCUUGUGAAAUGCCCUCCCAUCAGAUGUCAAGGAAAUAAACAACUGCCUGACUUUUAGAAGACAUCUGAAGGUAACCCUGUUUAGGGAAGUUUUUAAUUUUUGAUCAUGUUUUUAAUAUUCUGUUGAGAGCUGCCCAGAAAUCCAGCCAGAUGGGUGGGGUAUAAUUAAUAAAAUUCUUAUUCUUAAGAAGCCUUGUUGCCUCCAAUCGUGGAGAUAGAGCACAGGCAUCGUGGCUAAUAGCCAUUGGAUAGCCUUUGUCCUCCAUGAAUUUGUCCGAUCCUCGUUUAGAGUCACCCACAUUUAUUUCUUCAUAUUUUAUUUGUUAGAUUUAUAUACCGCCCGUCGUCACAAGAUCUCUGGGUGGUUCAUAGAUGAAAUACAAAGUAAAAGCACAAAUAAAUAGUGAAAUUAAAAAGAAGGAAACAAUAGCGGGCCCCCUGCCUCCCACAAACACAUUCAAAAGGCUGUUCAAAAGGCUUUUCCCUGCUGAGGCUCCUGAGACCCAUUGCCUAUCAGAUAUGGGGCUCCAUCACCGGAAUCUGCCCUGGUACAAAGCAGCUCCUUCCUGGUGUUCCUGAAACGACCUCUCUUGUCUUUCAUUUUCUCCAGAAGGCGAUCAGACGGCGUCAGCUGCUCUCGCCGCCGCCACAGCUGCCGUGGCCGCCAUCACAACCGUCGCGGGGAUCCAGUCGCGCAUCUUUGCGCGGCUGGCGACACGCCGGAAGCUUCUGCCACGAGGGCGCGACGACCUGGCCGAGCUGGAGGAGAUGGUGGAGACGGCCGCGUCGGUGCGCCUCCGGGCGGUGGUGGAAUCGAGCAUCGACUCUCUGAAGGCCAUGAUGUGCUCGUGCCUCUUCCAGUCGCCGGCCGUCUUGGCCGGCCUGAUCGACGAGCUCUACAUCAUGGAGAGGGCCUUCUGGGUGCAGCCGGGCCGCUCUGAAUGGUGGGAGAAGGUGGUUCUGCCCCACUGGGACGACCAUCUCUGGCAGGAGAACUUCCGCAUGAGCCGGAGGACCUUCACGGAGCUGUGCGACCGGCUCAGGCCCGUCCUCGAGCGGCAGACCACCAACAUGCGUGCUCCGAUCACCGUCGAGAAACAGCUGGCCAUCGCCGUCUGGAAGCUGGCCACCCCGGAUAGCUAUCGCUCGGUGGCUGAGUGCUUUGGGGUCGGCCGCUCCACGGUCUCCAGGAUCGUCAUGGAAGUCUGCCAAGCGCUCUACGACGUCUACCACCACGUGGUCCACCUGGCCGGUGCCCAGGAGGUGAUGGAAGGCUUCGCUGCCAAGGGCUUCCCACACUGCAUCGGGGUCCUCGACGCCACCCACAUCCCCAUCAUCGCUCCAGCACACAGAGCCACCGAGUACAUCAACAGCAAAGGCUACUACUCCAUGGUCCUGCAAGUACUGGUGGACCACAAAGGCAGGUUCACGGACGUCUACGCGGGGCGCUCCGGGAAGCUUCCCGGAGCCCGGAUUUUCCGCGGCUCGCCCAUCUUCCGCGCCAUGAACCAAGGCACCUUUGGUCCCGGCGUGACCGUGGACGUGGGAGGCGAGCAGUUGAAGCCGGUGAUCCUCGGAGACCCCGCUUACCCGCUGCUGGCCUGGCUGAUGACUCCGUACGGCGGGCACUUGGACGCCCGCCAGCAGCGGUUCAACAACGCCCUCGGCCGCUGCCACACGGUGGCAGAGUCCGCCUUCGAGCGCCUCCGGGGCCGUUGGCGGUGCCUGCUCUCCCGCCUGGACGUGAGGGAGCGCUACGCCCCCCGGGUCAUCGUGGCCUGCUGCAUCCUGCACAACAUUUGCGAGACCAGAGGCGAGCCUCUCCAGGAAGGCUGGCAGGAAGUGGUGAGGUCCGUCUCGCGGUCUUACCAGCAGCCGGAGAGGCAGCCGGUGAACGCGGCCAACCCCCGAGCGCGGGAGAUCAGGGAUCUUUUGAGCAUGUACAUGGAAAGGAGAGAGUGGAGGAAGUCAGACUGAAUCUGUUGCUUUCCCCUAAAGGAACCCUCAUGGCUGGUCUUGGAAAGAACGGGGCCUUCUCUGCAGUGACUCCUCGCCUGUGGAAUGCUCUCCCCAGGGAAGUUCGCCUGGCGCCUUCAUUAUACACUUUUAGGCGCCAGCCAAAAUUGUUCCUUUUGUUGAACUGAUCAACAUCCUAUACCCUUUUAAAAUGCGGCUCUUUUUUUGGGCAAGUGUUAUUGGGUCAUUGUUUUUAUUUUGAUUUUAUGUAUUGUGAUCUUUGCUGUGAGACCUCCGGGUGUAGGAUGGUAUAUAAAUUCAAUAAAUAAAUAAAUAAGAAGAGACCAUCUCUUCUGUCCCCAUAUGAAAUAAAAAUAAAUUACCUAUUUUGACGGCAGCUAUGAAAAACAUGGGUCCUGGCUGGCUCUCAUGUAGAGGGAAGGGAUAUCGUGGCAUAAUGGCUGAACACUUGUGCUACGAAUUUGAGAGUUGCCCUCUCCUCUCUUGUAAUGAGUCCACUCAGGUAUCCUAGACAAGCUUCUCUCUCUCUCUCCCUCUCUCUCUCUCUCCCUCCCUCUCUCUCUCUCUCUCUCCCUCUCUCUCUCUCUCUCUCUCUCCCUCUCUCUCUCUCUCCCUCUCUCUCUCACCUCCGCCAUUUGCAGCCUGCAGAUAAUAACACUGACCUGCCUUGCAGGCUUGUUGUAAGAAUUGCAAAAGAAUGUAUGUGAAAGGUUUGAAUACGAGGACAGUGGUACUUUGGUUCUCAAACUUAAUAUGUUCCAGAAGUCCGUUCCAAAACCAAAGCGUCCCAAAACCAAGGCAUGCUUUCCCCUAGAAAGUAAUGCAGAACAGAUUAACCCCUUCCAGACUUUUAAAAACAACCCCUAAAACAGCAAUUUAACAUGAAUUUUACUAUCUAACGAGACCAUUGAUCCAGAAAUGAAAGCAAUAACCAAUGCAGUGUACUAUAAAAUAAAAAAAACAGUAUUGUAGAUGAUAUAAAUUU